GUCGGUUCGAUGAGAUGUUAUUUUUUGACGACGUAUAUGUCUACGAUGUGCCGGCGUGUGCGGCCGCGUAUCGCUUUAUGUAAUAAAUAAAAUGUCGCUUCGCGCUUUCUUUCUAUAAUAACCGUCUCAAAACAGUGAGCGUGAUCGUCGCGAUCAGAUUCGAGUGUCAUAUCACUUAUUGGUGCAAUUUUAUGAUUGAUUUCAAUAACGUUCAAUAUACGUUAAUUUCUUUUCGUUAACCCAAAAUGAGUUUUAGUGCAUUAAUACCUAAUUUGUUUGAAAGAGAAUGUGUACAAAAUCUUAUCAUCUAACCCAAAAUAGUGGAUUAAGUCAAAAUGUUGGUGAAUGGAAGCAAAACGAUUAGCGAGGAAGCUCUUUACGGGCGUGCUAAAAUGAACAAGUUCCACUUCGACGUGGUAGAUUACUGCGUCUUCAGCGCUAUGCUCUUGUUAUCAGCGAUGACCGGCCUCUACUACGGUUGUCGCGGGCGAUAUUGUCAAAAGGGCGAAGAGGUCACGUUAAGAGAUUACUUAACCGGAAGCGGGAAUAUGCGACCGUUUCCAGUUGCAAUGUCACUUAUAGCUAGUUAUGUUUCAGGUGUCACAAUUUUGGGCACGCCUAGUGAAAUUUACAAUUUCGGAACACAAUACUGGCUGAUUACAUUUUCGGUCAUAUUUAGUGGUAUUGCAAUUGCUUUUAUCUACUUGCCGGUUUUCUUUCAACUUGAAGUUAAUUCUUCAUACGAGUAUUUAGAGUUCAGAUUUAGCCGGACAGUACGAACUUUAGCAUCAGUAUUAUUUGUUAUAGAUGAGAUAUUGUUCCUUCCGAUAUUAAUUUACGUGCCGUCGUUAGCAUUCAAUCAAGUUUCCGGCAUUAAUUUACAUUUAAUUGGAACGAUUGUGACUCUAGUUUGUAUUUUCUACACCGUUGUGGGUGGAUUGCAAGCGGUCGUAUGGACAGACACGUGGCAAAUCAUCGUCAUGUUUAUAUCUGUGGUUGUCGUGGUUGUACUGGGCACGGUUGCCAUCGAUGGUGGCUUCGAUAAAAUAUGGGAUCGCAACGAUAAAGGAGGACGAUUAAUUUUCGACAAUUUCAGCGUCAGUUUGUACGAGCGCCAAUCAUUUUUUGCAGUAUUAUUUGGUGGAUUUACAUAUUGGACAUCGUACAACUCUGUAAAUCAGACUAUGGUACAACGGUACAUGUCACUACCAACUUUAAAGAACUCAAGAUGGUCUGUUGCAUUAUUUACAAUUGGCGUGGGUGCAUUUUUAACAAUUUGCUGUUACUCAGGACUGUUGAUUUUUGCAACUUAUUAUGAUUGUGAUCCUUUGCUGGCGGGCAGGAUCAAAGCUGAUGAUCAGCUAUUGCCAUUGUUUGUAAUGGAAACAGUUGGACAUCUUCGAGGAGUUCCUGGUUUGUUUAUUGCUGGUGUUUUUGGUGCGGCUUUAAGUUCAUUGUCAGUUAUCUUAAAUUCCACAUCUAUGGUAUUUUUGGAAGACUUUAUAAAAGGAUGUCUUCGAAUGAGUUUACCUGAACGGACUGAAAGUAUUAUCGUGAAAGUAGUGGUACUAUUUUUGGGAGCUGUUGCUGUCGGCUUCUUAUUUGUGGUGGAACAUAUGGGCGGUGUGCUUUCAAUGGCGGCUUCACUUUCUGGUAUAGCUGCCGGGACGACCUUUGGUGUUUUCACUCUUGGGAUGGUUUUCCCGUUUGCGACAAACGCAGGCGCUUUAAUUGGCGGUUUAGCAGGGGCGCUCAUGUCCGGAUGGGUUGCGUUUGGUGUACAGUAUGUGGGCGCUGCUGGAUAUGUCAUUCCGCAUAAAUUGCCAGUGUCCAUAGAGGGAUGUGAAGCGGAAUAUGACAUUAAAAUCAAUUAUAUUGAACCGGAAUACCCGGACGAGUCAAACAUAUUCCCACUUUUUCGUUUGUCGUACCAUUGGAUCACACCCGUUGGGGUGACCACAGUUCUAAUUGUUGGCAUACUUGUGAGCUUGCUCGGGCGUCAGUACGAUCUACGAACAAUCGAUCCAGAUUUAAUAUCGCCAAUUUCCCAAUGGAUGUUACCUGUGGAGUCGAAACAGUUCAAAGGUACAGCUGCUAUGCGAGUAAGGCGGAAACAGCGCACGUUUGAUACAUUAAUGCAAGAAAUUAGGACUCCACAAUCCACAAGGGUUCCAAAAUCCAAAAUCCUGUGCGAAACUUUAACGUGAAGGUAUGUGGUUGCGCCGAAUGGCAUUGUUCGUUCGUACGAGAAUCUGAAUUCGACGUGCUCGAUUCAAAAGCUUCGAAAGUCUGAAUUGUACAGACAGAUAACUCGUCGGAGAGGGCCCGUAUUUCAGAAAUAAUGUACCUUUUCAUUGCAUGUGUAAUACUUAAAUUAUGAAUGCUAACAGUCAAAUCUGCGAGAUCAUGCAUGUUUUAAGUCUUUCUUUCAUUGUCCGCGGAUUUAAUUUCAUCAUAUUUCUCAUUUGUGCAAAGGAAUUUACAAAGUAAGGGUUUAAUACAAUAACGAUUUUUUUAUAUUUUUAUAGAGAUUUUUUUUAACUUUUAGAAAUAAUAUUAUUUAGUAAUUAUGUUAAUUAAAAGCAUUUGUAUAGAUUAGGUUACUUUUGUCAGUAAUUAAAUAUUACAAAGUACAGUAAAAAAA